UUUAGUAUCACAACUAGUCCUCGAUUUUCAAUAUCGCUAUCAAUAUCAACGCAUUCCUAACCAUCCGUUUGUCCAUGACAUUCGUUAAUGUUCUCCCCUUCCAGAAAUAGUGACAAUGAGGGAGGAAAAGGAAAGGAUGACAGAACUGUCCAGACGUAACAAACGUCCACGACAGUGUCGGUCCAUCUCUAGCGAACCGUUUCAAAAUGUUCAGAUGGUCACUGUGGUCCCUAUGGUGACGACCACCGGCGGGAUUGAGCAUCUCUAGAAUGAAACGAUAUCAACGCGCGCCUGCGCACUUCCGACAUAUUCGACCUCCCCUCUUUUUCGUCUCCCUUUCACAAUACGCGAGGAAACCUUCGUCUCGUGCGGUCGGCAGUCGUUGGCGUCCCGGUGUCCGGUACACGUUUUAUAUAAGUGUCGUGACGCUGUUGGCAGUGCGUCGUCGACGAACGUUACGGUGCGUCACUGUCGCCGUCGUCUUUACCGUUGUGUUACAUAUCGUGCCCGAUAGUGCGUAACAAAAAGAGUGAGAGGCAGGAAGAACGCUGUGCUCCAUUCAGUGCAUUCAGUUAGGUCGAUGACGUAUGAACCGCAUAAAGCUGAAUCCCAAUUGCAUCGAUGCUUUUGUAAAAUGUUGAUCGUCAUUACUUAAUCGUGAAAAAUCCGUUCGUGAAUUCGUGCCAUAAUGUUGCCACCGAUCAUCGACAACAUUAACAACAGCGACAUAUUAACAUUAUACACGAAUUCUGACAAUGGCAACGACAGAGACGUGAUGGCAACGCGAACAGUCAGCAGAGGCCGCUAUGCAGAAAUUGGUGUUAAAAGGAACGAUGUCUUCCUGGAACCGUACUUACAACAGCACGAAACAGUCCAAGUGGUUAGCUCACCGAGCACUCCGCCGCCAAAUCCGCUGCAGCAUCAACUUACGCAGUUACAUCAUGUACAGAGCGAAGAAUCGCUGUCAUCAGAAGAAUCGGCUACUUCGGAAGGAUCUUCAAGGUCUACAGAAAAUUCUGGUAUUGAGGUGGCUUGCGAUAUUACCCUAAUUGAAAGGCUUAUACGCUCUCAUCCGAUUUGGUUCUUACCGGGCAUCCAGAGAGCCGGGGCCUUUCACUUGUUGCAGGGCAAGGAAGAAGGAAACUUCGUGGUACGACAAUCGAGCCAAAGUGAUACAAUGGCUCUCUCGGUGAGAUUACCUGUUGGGAAAGGACCAUAUAUUGAACAUUAUCUCAUUCAGGCCGACAAUGGCAAGUUAAGUUUGGAAACGAGUGAAAACAGGUUCGAUAAUAUCCCCUCGCUGAUUGCUCAUUAUUCACAGUGCUGUGAUGAACUGCCAGUGCAAUUAACUUUACCGAGAGCGAUGCGUGAGGCAAAAAAUAGACAGCAAUUGUCAUCACUAGCGUUGCUAGGCCAAGAAUUUUGGCGAUAUCCUAUGGCAAAUCCGAAACCACCAGAAAGCAACAGCAGCAAUACCUCUAGUCUGAGUAGUUUUCACGGAGGUAAUAAUAUUAAUAAUAAUAACGUGGAUACUCCAAUCACGGAGAGCAUAGUGCUUAAUCUGGUCCCAAUAUCGUUUCAUACUACACAUACUCCCUCUCCGACUAAUACCAUUAACACAAACUCUUCGACAUUUGCAUCAUCGUUGCCGCGUCAGCCUCGUCCUACUCCACCGAACACUCUCAAUUUGACAACCUUCAACGAGCCAUUAAAUGAUACCAAAAAAGACUGGAUGUCGUCAUCUAAUGAUAAACUUUCUCAAAAAUUAAUUUCGCCGAAUCUUGUGCAAAGUAUGCGAUGUUCUUCGCCGAUGGUUCACAACAUGGAGAAUAACGUUUUAAGUCCAAUUCAAGAUAUAAGAAACUUGGAUAGUCUAAAGAACGGUCUGAACAUGUCAAAAUUAACGACAGUCGAGUUCACCAAGAGUUCAGGAAAGUUCGUGUCUAUUUCGAGCUUCCAUCAGAACAACCUAUCGUGCACUACAUCACCAGAAUUAUCAGAUAAUAGGAAUAUUGUCGCUGAAAGUCAAGGAGCUCGGCAAAAUAUGAAAACGCCACCACCGCCGCCGCCAAGAUGGGCCAAGCCUGGCAUCAAUCAGAAUCAAAAUAAUUUUACUGUGACUACAACGAUGACGUUUAAUGUGAACCAGAGUAACAGUUUGAACGCUUCGCAGCAAAACACACCGUCGGAUCCCAACACGUCAUUGCUAAGUCCUCAAUCUAAUAAAUCUCUCAAUUCCAACUUCUCCAUCAAAUCGCCUCUUUCGCCUACUACUCCAAUUUUAUCGCCUACCUCAAAGUUGAUCCCAAAAAUACCUAACAUGAUCUCUCCAAAUACUCCUUCUAGCACCAAUAAAUCGAAAAGGCGGCGCGAUCGCGAGAAUCGAAAAAAUUCACAACAUUAUCAGGAAUCGGACAUCUUAGACUCAUAUUAUCGAAGUUCGCCGGCUGAUAAGAUUUCCGAUUAUGAAGACAUUUGGAAUACAACUGACCAAUCAACACAGUCGACUUGGAACGACAGAUUAAAAGAUAAUAUAGUCGUCUGUACUCUGCAAGAUUGUGUGAAAAAUUCUAAUGACUACCUGAUGAGUCCUAGAGAAUCCGAAAAAAGUCUUGUCAACGAAAGAUUACGUGAGGAAGAACAAAUUAUUCUAAAGAAUGAUAGGUUUAUUCUGAAAAACAAUAAAAUGGGACACAAGGAAAUAAUGAGUCCAGAAUUUAGUAGUUUUAAACCUGUUUUAGAAAUGAAAAGUCCUGACCAGAACUCACCAGAAGAAACUAAUAUGGGAAAGAGGCCUGAUCUGCUAUCUAGAGUUUGCAGUGCUAACUCAUUGAACAACCCUAACACGGUAACGCCCCCAAGAAACAAAUUGGGCCUUGUUUUGGCAAAAUCGGAAAGCAACAGUCCCCAGACGCCUGAAUCUAAACAGAGCAGUCCGUUCUAUGCGGAACCAGCCGACGCUAUUGUUCAAAACGCCAUUAUAAUUCCAAGAAGACGACCGAGCAAAAACAAUCCGGCCAUGAAUAAGUACCGACACAGCGAACCAGGUUGGUUACAAAGUCCAACUGGGAAUAAUGUUAACCAAUUGCAUUCUGUUGAAUGCUGGGAAGAACCCUCUGAAGAAACGGAGGAUAAGACACCGUUAAUUUCGUCGUCAGUCGAUAACCUAGCGAAAAGAUUGACUCAAACUAAGGAGACGAAGAAGAUUCCUCGAGCAAAACCCGUCCAACCACCGAAGAUAAGAACCAAAGUAUACAAUGACACAUUUUGGGCGGUAGAUUCUAGCUGGGAGUUUAUUGGUAAUGAAGCUGAAGAGCCAGAUUGCGAACUGGACUAUGACUGUGAUGCCGAUUAUGAUGAUGACAAUGUAGCAAGGAAAUUUCCUGGUAAUGAUGAAUGUAAUAAAAGUAUUGUAGGGAAUAUCCUGACUGUUCAAAAUAUUAUUCUACAACGAUAUCCGGAACUACUUAAGUCGCCAGAUACGUGCGAAUCGUUAUACAGUGACCGGAACUCUUCAUACGACAAUGUCGAAAAGCGUAAUGUGGAACGCGAAGACAUCCUGGAUUCACGAAAAGAUUGCACGUACGAUCCUUCCGAAUGGGAAACCAUACUAGAUACAGGUGCGGAAAGUGAUGUGGAAAGAAUCAAACGAAAUAAGAGUUUGAAAGAACGACUAGAUCCUCUUUUGUCACCGCCACGAAUACAAGCGCUUUCGAAAAAUCGCAACCAGCCGAAUGGUACAGGAGCGACUAUUAGAGCUUACGCUCUUCAACUAGCAGCAGAUAAAACUACAACUUUUUCGCAAAAUAUUGAUAACUUUAUUCAAUGCACGCGGGAGAGCAAAGAAGCAAUUCCUCAUGUGGUGAUGCGCAAUAUGCGGCAGUUUAUGUCGGGUAUGAAGAACUAUCUAGUAAAGCAUGGCGAACGUGAAUUUGAGAAAGAAGUGGAAAAAGAGCGACUAAAAUUACGGCCGAAUGAAUUCCUCAAUAUUGAUGCAAUUCUCGAGGAUGUUAUGAUGAGCCUAGUGGUCAGACCUCUUCGCGAACACGUAUGUCAAUUGUUUAUUGAACAUUAUUUCACUACUGGAGCGCUGCAGACCCUGGCGGAAAAUAUUCAACAUGCCCAAGGCAAGACGAUUCAUGAUUUUGGUGUUCAGUCAAAAAUCGUACCUCCUUCGGAAGAAAGUCUGGAGCGCAUUCUCAAAUGCAUCGAACGAUUGCAAAGAGCUGAUUCUCCACUUGACAAAUUAGAACAUCUAUUAGCAGCCAUCUCGGGUAUCUUCAAUUCCGUGAAACAAGCUAAUUUAGGUAGACAUAUUACACUGGGUGCAGAUGAUCUUCUGCCAUUGGUAAUUUGGGUUUUGGUACGCGGUAAAGUAGUGGACGCGGAGAUCGAAGCUGAGUACAUGUGGAGUCUGCUGCAUGCGUCUCUUUUGAGCGGUGAGGGUGGUUAUUACUUGACGACAUUAUCGAGCGCCGUACAUGUUCUAAAAACUUUGAAGUCCAGCCAAAGCAAUAUAUCUACAUUAAAUGGAUGUGGAACACCGGACUGUUCGUCUGUAUUGCGAAUCUUAGUACCAGAUGAAUUGCAUGGCUCUUUAAAUACUAGAACACUUCCGGUGCGACCUAAUAUGAAUACCAGAGAAAUCUGUCGUAUCCUUGCGCAUAAAAUCAGAUGCACAAAUCCUCAGGAUUAUGGACUCUUCAAAUUGGUGCAAGGUGAAGAAACGUUGCUCGGAGAUCAUGAAUGCCCACAGGAACUCUCUCACUGCCUUUUCGCCUACAAGCGGAUUGAUGCCAAGAUAGCAUGGCCCAAGACCAGCUCUUAAAUGUAGCAUAAUAUUCUACUAAUUUAAUAUUAACUACUAGACAUCACUAUCAUGAACUGAUAUAUCGCAUUAUUUUUCAACAUAUAGGUAGUAUCUUAAAAAUACUUGUGGAAGUUUAUUGAAAAAUGUAGUAUUCUUUCCACAAAAGCCAUCUCUUUCAAUAUUUUGAAUAUUGAGCAUAUGAUAUUUAAUAUCAUAUGCAUAUUCAAAGAUAUUUAUUAAAAGUAUUUUGACAGAAAUACUUUUAACACUGUCGUUUUCAUGAAACGUUUGUCAUAAAAUACUAAAUGUGAAUAAACGAAAAUUUUUGUCACGCAAAUGUGAAUACUUAACUGCAAAAAUGAUGUGAGAUAACUUGAAAUAAAUGAUUGUCAACAGUAAAAAGAAAAAAGUAAUUUUAUAUAACUUUAGAAAGGAAUCUUACAUAAUAUGUGAUGUUUAAAUGAUAAUUUUUUUUUAUAUUUUAACCCUCAGACAAAGAAGUCAAAUUAUUGGAAUAUCAAAAUUAGUAAUAACAUUUUAAAAAUAAAUCUAUAUACACAUAAUACAGAGGAGAAGGUGAUAUUAUGACCGCACAGAUGUAGCAUUCGUAUUAUAUCUGUUAGUAAGCAAAUUCUAGUAUUUACUUAUAGAAUCAUUUUGUUUAAUAGCCUGCUGUUAUGUAAUGACGCUAAUAUGCCAAUAUACAAUAGCCGACAACUAAGGCAUUUUUACUUUCAAACAUUUCGAAACUUUUCAAAAGUAACUAAUAUUUAAUUACACAUACUUCUUCAUUCUUUUUAAUCUUGAAUGUAUUAUCAUAUAAAUGCAUGUACAUUCGAGUUUUUUUAUUAUUUGAGUUCUUAUUUGGCUGUACACAGUUCGAAUUAUGUAAAGUUAAACAAUAACGUAGGAUUUUACUAAUGUGAGCCGUUAUGUAUACUGACAUUUCAGUAGACCUAAUGCAGUUUUCUUUAGUUUUCAUAUUCAAAGGUGUUUGAUAAGUUAAUUGUAAUUUUAUUGCUUGUUUAUAGUUUACACUUAUUACAGAUUUUCAAUAAUCACUAUACGGAAUGUUUGUGUUCGUACAAUACAUUGACAUAUAUUAUGUAAUAUUUUCUUUUUAUUUUGACUAAAUAUAUAAUUUCAUAACAAAACACUAAAUUUUUAAAAUUAAACUCAAUUUUUUAAAUUUAUUCUGACAGGCCGUAUUACUACCUCUACUCUUCUUUGACCCAUUAUACAGUGACGCUAUAUUUUUAAAAAUAAUAUCCAACAUAAUAAACAUGUUAUAACUUCGAGUCUAAGAUUUGUUAAAAAACAGUUUGAUGAAUACAAUGGUUAAAUUUUUAAUUAUUAACAAAUUUACUGUAUAAGUGUAGAAGUGAGUAGCCAUAAUAGCACUUUCUCUUUUAUAUCCUAUUCAAGUAAAUCAAUUCUUUAAUUAUUGACUCUUCUAAUUCUGCUAGUCCUUUUUAAUAAGAUCAUGUAUACAGGAAAUUAAUAUCAAAAACUUAAUAAAAUGUAUAUUUGUACACGCUUUUAUAUACUUUAAUUUUAACAUCUCUUUAUUAUUUAACAAAAUUUUUAUAAAAUUUAUGACAUCUACUGAGGGUUAACAUGUUUAAUUAAAAUAAAAGUUGAACUGUGCGAAACAAAUUAUUUACGACCAAGCGUCUAUUCAUUAAGCAAUUCAACAGAAUUGACCAGCGAUUGAAUAAUAUCAAAUGUAAAGACAAAAGGAAGAAAACGUACAGCUGUGUGCAUGUGUGUGCAAAACUAAACAUUGAACACAUAUACAUUUUCAAUUGCACGCAGAUACACAUGCAUGCGUGCAAACAUGCACGACAUUUAACGCACGCACGCACACAAACACACACACACACACACACACACACACAACAUAUAUGAAAAAUUGUAUUGUAUUUAAUCAGUAUUCAAUGUCUCGUGGACGUCUGCAAUAAAAAAAGAUAUUUGAAAUUGAAUAUCCUGUCCUGAAAGAACAAGGUAGGAUCUAUAAGUCCAGAGAACAUUCAGAAAAAUAGUAAUAUUUAUGUUAUUAAUUUAUUAUUAAAAUUAUCUUUCAUUAUUAUUAAUCUUUUAUUUUAUUAAGUUAUUAUUAUUUAUUUAUUCAUAAUUAUAUAACUAAUUGUUAUUUCAUUUCAGCUUUAUUGGUUAUUCAGACGAUAUGUUUAAUGGUAAAUUAAAAGACCAGGUUUAUUUUAAAGAGAUAAUAUCAAUUAAAAGAUAUUUACUUUUUAUUUGAAAAACAUUUUUUAUGCUCACUUUAUCAUUCUCAAACAUUUGAUUUCAAGAAAUGAGUUUUAUUAUUAACAUAUGUAUAAUAGUAUAAAUGAAAAAACGCAGAAAACUUUUUAUCAAUCUUAUGUUUUUAAGAAAUUCUUCAUCAUUUUCCACAUGCAUCAAAAACUUCUUAUUUAUAGUUUAUUAAUCAUCUAUUCUGGAAAUUUAGAACUUCUAUUAGACGUGAAAUUUCCAUGAGAUUUUUAACAAACAUUUACUACAUCAACUAGAAAUCCAUAAUUCCGUAUUGUGUACGUCCAUUUAUAAUUUCCAUUAAACAUAUUUAUAAAUGUCUAUUAUAUGUGAAUUAAUUACAAAUGUUCAUAGAAAUUUAAUGGAUGAUUGAUACAUGGUAACUGUUAGUUUAAUAGAUUCUUUACUGAUACGCUUUAAAAUAACAUUUUAUUUAUUGUAUUGGUUUACAUUUUAUUUACUUUCAUCUUUCAAUCUAAUUUUUGGAGCUUACCUUCAUAAAAAUUUAUUUCAUUACUUUAUUAAAACAAAUAAAAAGACGUAUAAUGCUACGCUUUUCAUUCCAUUUUAUAUUAUUUUUAAUUAUGAAGAAUAGAAUCUAUUUGUAGACGGUAUUGCGUACUGCUUGUUCGUGUCUAUUUAUUAUGUCGACAAUAGAUGUUUAAUAGACAUUCAUGAAUUUUUAAAAGACAUUAUGUGUGGAUAUUAUAUGAAUCUCUAUUGAAGAUCUAACUUCUCCCGUGGAAAUAGACGUCUCAUGGAGUUAUGAAAAUUAUGUUGUGUGUGAGCAUCUUUAUAUUAACAAAAUAAAUAACUCAAUAUAAGGCUUUGCUAAUUAAAUUCAAUAAGUAAAUAAUAUUAUCAAUAAGAGCCACUUUCCUUCACAAAAUAUUUGACUUUCUUAACUAACGAUUGACAGGAAUGUUAUUCAAACACUGAAGCGUAUACAUUCAAAUUCGCAAACGUUCCGACUUAUAUUUCGAGUUUUUUUCAGUGCAUUACUGUCGCUAAUUUCGCGUAUUUACGUGAAUCAUCGUUCGAUGGUAUUGUGAGAUGGGUCAUAGAUAAUGGAGUAACGUUCUUGUCAAUUUUUAAUUAAUUAUUCUAUACACGGAAAAUUUGUACCGGUUUUUAUUGGCAAUAUUACACUAAUUGAAUUUAUAUUAAUAUUUGAAUUCUUUUACACAUUUUCUUAGAAUUUUUUCGAAUACUUAUUUUCUAAUACUUUAAGGAAGAAAUCAAUUUUUAAAUUAAUUUAAUAUUGCAAUAAAAUUUGGUUUAUAAAAGUUAAAAAAUGUACUUAUAAUAAUAAAUUAAUAUGUAUGUGUGUAUGCGUGCGUGCGUGCGCGCGCGCGCGCGUGCGCGAUGAUAAUACGCCGAUGAUCUCUGGACUUAAGACCGACUUUGCAAAUAUUAAACUUUGUAUAUGUACAUAGGAGAGAGUUGCUAUACCAAUCACGUAAAUUAUUUAUCUCAGUAUUUUAUAUUUUUUUACUUAAUAUAAGUAAACGUUUUAACAAGAAAAAUGUGAAAUAAAAGAGUAAAUAAUGUAGAUAAAAAUUUGUUUCAUCUUUUAUGCGUGUUAAUAAUAUUUUAAUGAAUCAGAUACAUUCAUGCUUAUUCAUCUCAAGUUUUAUUCUAGACUUUUUAUAGUGCAUAAAUCUUAUUUGAAAUAAUAUAAAACGCAUCGAAUGAAUAGGCAUUUUACAUCAUCAUGAAUACAAUUAAUGUUAACUAUUUAUCAGUUUAUCCAACUGAUAAUAAUCAUGCUAUUUUACUUAAUUUUAUAUCUUCAUAAAGAAAUAUUUAUCAUAGGAGAUUUUAUACUUAUUGUACAUAUUUCUAAUUACUUAAAAGAUUAAAUCUUUUAUUUAUUAUAAAAUCUAUCGGUUAUUUUUAUAAAAUUUAUCAGGUUUUUUAAAUCAAAGACAAAUUUUAUUGGAAUAUACGAUAUUGAUGUAAGACUGAUAUGUGAUAAUAAUUAACUUGAUAAUAAACUAAUAUGAAUUCAUGUGAGUAAAAAUAUCAGGGGCAGAAAUUAAUUUAAGCCAAAUUUAUUUCGACGUUUUUUCUUUUCAUUGCUCUUGAUUAGUUAUGAUUUAUUUGAUCCUUUUUGGAUAAUUAUAUAUAAAAUAGAUAUUAAUUAAUAAUUACAUUUUUUUAUUAUUUUAAUUAUUAAAUUUGACAUUUUCAAAGACGAAACAAUUUAAAAGACAUAAUAAUAAAUUUAAGUGGGUUUGGCAACUCUUCCCUACUUAAUAUAUCAUAUAUAUAUACAUAUAUAUACAUAAGAAAGAGACAGAAUGAUACAGGACACUUUCUCUAACAUACGACAGGGCUCAAAAACGUGUUUUCUAUAUUAUCGAAUAACAAAAAUGAUUAACGGAGGGACUUCUGGACUCGUGUGUGGAGUUUAGAGUAGACAACAAAGAAGAUUAGCUUAGAUGUUCUAUUUUAAGUACUUUCUACAAGACAAAAAAUCGUAAAUUCUAAGAUAAGCGAAUCAUAUUCUUAGACAAAUUUUAUGUAUUUAUUAUUGCAAGUAGUAGACAGAUUUUUAUGCGUAUAUUUUUGUGAUUUCUUCUUUAUUGAUUACUCUUUUUUUCUGCAAAAAAUUUGCUAGGCUGAUUUUUAAAUUUAGAAGACUAUGUGAUUUAUGUGUCAAUAAUGUUGACAGAUAAGAAAUGAUAAUAGUACAUAUGCAAUAAUGUAUAAUCAGUGAUGUGAAAUUAAAAAAAUAAAUAUUAAGUAUUUUUUUAAUUCGCCAGAUCGUCGGCAAGAUCUUAUAAAUUUACAAAAAUAAUACUAAAAAUAUUUUGCUACAGAGAAUCGUACAAAUCAGCCUCGCAUUUGUUCAUUGUCUUUACAUAAUUUAUAUAAUUUACAUACUCAUUAUGUAUUUAAUAAUAAUUAAUGAUUUAUAAAUGUACAUUUUUUUAUAUAAUUUAUUAAACGCAUUUGUUAUCUAAUAUAACGUGAUUUUUACGUAGAUGUGUUUUUACCCUUAUGAUGAUUAACAUGAUAGUUUUAAUGUUGAUAAUAUGCUUCUAACAUGCUAGUCAAACCGAUACAUAAAUCGGGAAGGUUAUAAAAAGAUACGUUUAAAUAAAUAACUUUAUUUGUUAAGAAAUCUGUAUUAUUAAUUAAUUAUUAUUAUUACGCACUUGUCAUUAACGAUUAUAAUUAUUAUUAUAACAUGUAAGUCUAUGCUCAAUAAACACUUUUCUAUUAAUCGAA